AUUGGCUCAGUGGUAUGUUAAAAAAUUUGGUACCCUUUAAUUACACACUUCAACUGUAUCUAUAUAUAUGUAGUCCAAUUCUUGCUUCUUGCAAGGCAAAAGGGUUUCAUACAACCAAUUUAUCAUCCCCUUUGAAAGAGCAAGACAGACAUGGGAAGUGAAGGCAUUACACAAGAAUGUUCCCAAAAGGUGGCCAACCCAGGCAGAGCUACAAUUUUGGCUCUUGGCAAGGCCUUCCCUCACCAACUUGUCAUGCAAGAUUAUCUUGUUGAUGGGUAUUUCAGAGACACCAAUUGUGAUGAUCCAGUCCUCAAGCAGAAGCUUACUCGACUCUGCAAGACAACAACAGUUAAAACACGGUACGUAGUCAUGUCCGAAGAGAUCCUAAAGAAGUACCCAGAGCUUGCCAUUGAAGGCUUACCCACUCUAAAGCAAAGGCUAGAUAUCUGUAAUGAUGCUGUGACACAGAUGGCUGUUGAAGCUUCACAAGCUUGCAUCAAGAAUUGGGGCAGGCCUAUUUCAGAUAUAACCCACUUAGUCUAUGUCUCAUCAAGUGAAGCUAGGUUACCUGGUGGUGACCUUUACCUAGCAAGAGGACUAGGACUUAAUCCUGAGAUUCAAAGGGUCAUGCUCUACUUCGUGGGAUGCUCUGGAGGUGUUGCUGGACUCCGAGUUGCAAAAGACAUUGCUGAGAACAAUCCGGGGAGCCGGGUUCUGCUUGCAACUUCUGAAACUACCAUUAUUGGCUUCAAACCACCUAGUGCAAAGAGACCAUAUGAUUUGGUUGGAGUUGCACUCUUUGGUGAUGGUGCUGGAGCUAUGAUAAUUGGCUCAGACCCAGUCUUAGGCAAUGAAAAGCCUCUUUUUGAGCUUCACACAGCAAUCCAGGAAUUCUUGCCAGAAACUGAGAAGGCUAUUGAUGGAAGGCUAACAGAAGAAGGGAUUAGCUUCAAGCUAGCAAGGGAGCUUCCUCAGAUAAUUGAAGAUAACAUAGAAGGAUUCUGUGAGAAGUUAAUCAAAGUUGUUGGAUUUCCUGACAAGGAAUACAAUAAGAUGUUUUGGGCAGUGCAUCCGGGUGGACCUGCAAUCUUGAAUAGGAUGGAAAAGCGACUUGAGCUGUCACCAGAGAAGCUAAAUGCAAGUAGACGAGCUCUAAUGGAUUAUGGCAAUGCUAGCAGUAAUACCAUUGUGUAUGUACUGGAGUACAUGCUAGAAGAGAGCCUUAAGAUUAAGAGGGAAAACCAGGGAGACAAUGAAUGGGGCCUCAUACUGGCUUUUGGACCUGGGAUCACCUUUGAGGGAAUUCUAGCAAGGAACCUCACUGUCUGACAAUAAUAUUGCCAAGUCUCACAUAUCACUGAAACUUUUAUUUCUACGGUCAUUGUAAUGCAACAUCCUAUAGGGAUUACCUUUUGCAUAUGUUAAUGUCAUUUGUAACUUAAUCUGCAACUAGAAACUCCUCUUGGAAUCACUCUCUUAGAAGACAUUGAAAUAAGCCUGCUAAAGAUUUAGUUUAAACAAUAAAUGAUAUCAAACCUCCAAUGGGCUCUAACUAAAA